AUGGCAGCAAUUUGGCUAUAUGAAGCCGCCCCGUGGUCGGCUGAGGCCUGGUGUGCGGCCAGCGAGUGUUUCGGGCUGGCCGCGACCCGCUUAGCCUGGUGGCGAAGGGGGGGCGCCGGGGCUGCAGCCCUCGGGGUUCGAGCGGGCACUCCGGCGGGACUCGCGGUGCGUUCGCUGCGGGCGGACACCCCACACGACCUUGCAGAAGUUGCAGGUGCCCUGGUAGACGGUGCACACCAUGCAGUGCGGGAACAACCUGAGUUCACUUUUCGUUGCCGAUACCGGGGCGCCUGUGGGCGAUUAUCUCUAGGUGCGAGUGGAGUAUGCGUGUGGGAGGCGGCGGGGUCCCUCGGCCGUGGUGGGGCAAGGGCUCUUUACCGACGACCUUUGCACGCCCUUAGAGCCUCCGCUGACGACGACCGUACAGCACUGUGGUUGCACUUCGCUGACGAUGAUACUCUGGAACUAGACAUGGAGGGUAGUCCAAAACCAGCUGUGUUUAUUCUGCACAAUCUCUUGUCCGCGCGAGUUCAUUCUCUACCGGGCGAAGCGUCGGCUCAACCACUAUAA